AGGUGCAUCAAAGCAUUUCUCAUCAAGCACAUCAUUAUUACAAGUAUGAGGGGGCUGUAUAUACUGCUUUUAGCACAGAUAAGCGUGCAGCUUCAGUGUGAUAAAACAAACAUUCAAGCCACAGUUGGAAGCACAGUCAUGAUUAUCUGCACCUACAGAACAAGCCAGUACCGAUUUAGCAAGAAAUACUGGUGUGCUGGAGACUCCAGAUCGUCGUGUGAGGUUCGGAUGGACACCGAUGGAUUCAGUGAUGCUGCAUACAGAACACGGGCUCAAAUCAUUGACAGAGUCUCUAAAGGCUUGAUUGUUUCUAUAAGAGAUCUAAAGUUAGAGGACACUGGAAUAUAUUGGGUCGCAAUUGACAAAAUUUAUGCUGAUUUAAUGACAAGGAUCCAAGUCACAGUAACUAAAGAGGCUGUGGAUAAACCAAAUGUUUGGCCUCUCAGUUCACUGGAGAGGACGUGCUGGGGAGAACCGGUUGUGUUUCGCUGUGGGAGUGCGAGAGGAACCAAUGCACAGUACACUUGGUACAGAGUUGGCCACCCAAAUAACAUUGUCCUGCACCACUCGUCUGAUCUCUGUCUCCAGUGUUCAAACAUCAUUGAAGACAGCCAGCUUUUCUGCUCAGCCUAUAAUGAUGUCAGCAGCCAGAGCAGCGAUUUUGUUACUCUGCAACUACUUCAGCCGGGAGACCAGAACUGCGUUUAUCUCAUCUCAUCAAAGGCUUUCUCUAGCUAUGAAUGUAUAAGAAGCACAACACCUCUUUCAACAUCCAUCCAAACUACGGAGUCACUAUCAACAUCCAUUCAUCCCAGAAAAUUGGGAAGUACAGUGACAGUCUUUCAACUCACAUGGAGUCAGAAUAAGACAAUGUGUUGGUCUGGUUUACCUCUAUGGUAUGAGUGUCUUCGCUGGGUCCUCUUCUCAGCUAUGAUUAUCUUCUUCUCUAUAGUGCACUCAUGCUCAAAACCGUACAGGUUUUCAGCCCAAGACAAACAUCCCAAAUAUGUCUGACUGACAACCACAUUUACAGUCAUUGCUAGCUAUUAUUUUUACUGUGUUAAUGCACAUAUUUUGCAU